GGCCGGGCGGAAGGGUCCCGAGGGGACUGGCUCCGCCACGCUCCGCCCCUGGCUCCCCCGGGAGGGCGGCUCAGGGGCGGGGACGGGGGCGUGGUCCCGCCGUAUAAGAACGGAGGGGGCGGCGGCGGGACGGCUCACUCGGUGCCGCUGCCUAGGGGCUGUAGAGGUCGCGCCGCUCCUGCUGGGGCCUGCCCACGCCAAGGACCUGCCUCUGUCGCCUCCUCUUCUAUUGCCCAGGUGAAAAGCCACGGCAAGUGGGUCGACUCGGACGGAUACCGGUGCGGCUGCCCCGGGAGGUGUCGCAGUUCGGGGACUCCCUUCGCACUGGUCGCGAGGCAGGAGGGAGCAGGGUGGGAGGCGAGUCAGAGGAGGGUGACUUACCUGAAGAAUACAGGUUGGUAGCCUGCACACCUGAACUCAACGCUGGCGGGCGAGAAAACCAAGCAGCGCUACCUCCAAUUUCCCCAGCCAGAACAUCCCCUGAAGAUGGCAGAGGAGAGCAGCUGUACCAGGGAUUGCAUGUCCUUCAGCGUGCUCAACUGGGAUCAGGUUAGCCGGCUGCAUGAGGUCCUGACUGAAGUUGUACCUAUCCAUGGACGAGGCAACUUUCCAACCUUGGAGAUAACUCUGAAGGACAUCGUCCAGACCGUCCGCAGUCGGCUGGAGGAGGCAGGCAUCAAAGUGCAGGACGUCCGGCUGAAUGGCUCCGCAGCUGGCCACGUUUUGGUCAAAGACAAUGGCUUGGGCUGCAAAGACCUGGACCUAAUCUUCCAUGUGGCUCUUCCAACAGAGGCAGAAUUUCAGCUGGUUAGAGAUGUGGUUCUGUGUUCCCUUCUGAACUUCCUGCCAGAGGGUGUGAACAAGCUCAAAAUCAGUCCAGUCACUCUGAAGGAGGCAUAUGUGCAGAAGCUAGUGAAGGUUUGCACAGACACUGACCGCUGGAGCCUGAUCUCCCUCUCCAACAAGAAUGGGAAGAACGUGGAGCUGAAGUUUGUCGACUCCAUUCGGCGUCAGUUUGAGUUCAGUGUGGACUCUUUCCAAAUCAUCCUGGAUUCUUUGCUUUUCUUCUAUGACUGUUCCAAUAACCCCAUCUCUGAGCACUUCCACCCCACCGUGAUUGGGGAGAGCAUGUACGGGGACUUUGAGGAAGCUUUUGACCAUCUGCAGAACAGACUGAUCGCCACCAAGAACCCAGAAGAAAUCAGAGGCGGGGGACUUCUCAAGUACAGCAACCUUCUUGUGCGGGACUUCAGGCCCACAGACCAGGAAGAAAUCAAAACUCUAGAGCGCUACAUGUGCUCCAGGUUCUUCAUCGACUUCCCGGACAUCCUUGAACAGCAGAGGAAGUUGGAGACUUACCUUCAAAACCACUUUGCUGAAGAAGAGAGAAGCAAGUACGACUACCUCAUGAUCCUUCGCAGGGUGGUGAACGAGAGCACCGUGUGUCUCAUGGGGCAUGAACGCAGGCAGACCCUGAACCUCAUCUCCCUCCUGGCUUUGCGUGUGCUGGCGGAACAAAACAUCAUCCCCAAUGCCACCAAUGUCACCUGUUACUACCAGCCGGCUCCUUACGUCAGUGAUGGCAACUUCAGCAACUACUACGUUGCCCAUCCUCCAGUUACCUACAGCCAGCCUUACCCUACCUGGCUGCCCUGUAACUAACCUUGAGACCUGAGGGUUUCCACAGUGGGAACCCCAAUAGGGCUAGGGCUCUCAGGUAGGGGAGCCUCCUUCUAGAUGUAGGUGUUUGGCUUUUAAAGGGCAACUCAGCUCUGAUUCUGCUUUUUUUUUUUUCCUUUGUGUACCCAUUGGAAUGGGUCUACAGUGUAUCAUGAGCCAACCCUAAAAGGACCCGUAUUACAGUGCCACGUUGGAAAACGCUACAGGAAGCAUGACCUAUCCACAUCUUUCCAAGAUAGACACUAACAUGUCACGUCCCAAACAUUAGCAUAUGGGAGUUGAGCUCUGUGCAGUAAUCGAGAUUGGGAGAAUUUGGGCAGCGUGUGAGAAGUGCUAAGCUACUUUUUUCUCACUUGAGCCCAGGUAGGCUGUGUUGGCCCUCACUUGGGAUUCUCAGCAGUUACAUGAAAGUUGUGCUGAUAAUCUCUUCUCUUGUACCAAUUUUAGUCAGGCAGAAAAUGGUAAACAUGAGGGUGCUCUUGUGACUUAAUUUUUGUUCAAGGGACUCAAUUGCUUAUGUUUAUUCCCUGUCAGCGGAGUGGAGAAUGUCAUUCAUCAAUAAACCAAAGCCAAUAGAGA